CCAUUUCUUUCAUAGCUUUCAAAAAGCCAUCAAAGAAACACAGUACAGAAGUUUCUAUAUAUUUCUUUAUUAAAAAAAAACAGAAGGAAAUAUGUCUCACGAAUUGAGCGAUGAGCAAGUCGAGAAGCUCAAGCAAGCCUUCGACAAUUUUGACAAGGAUGGCAAUGGCACUGUCACUACCGAUGAGCUGAGCAAUGUAAUGACCUCAAUAGGGCAAAGCCCAUCUGAGGAAGAAUUGGAAGAAUUUAUUCAACAGAUGGGCGGUGAAGAUGGGAGGGUUCGCUUUGAUCAAUUCUUGAAAUUCAUGGCAAAAUUCAUGAAUGCUCAGUGAUUAUUAUGCCCAACAUAAUAGUCAAACCCCUCUCUCAUUAUUUUCAUUCAAAUACUCACAUUUGCCAAAAUAAUGACAAGUACAUCUAUAAAUUUCUCACUAUUUCUAAGAUAGAUACUUAUUUGUUCAUAAUAAAAGGGUAAGUGAUACUCUUUAACAUUUUGUAAUCAUUCUACAAAGGUUUAAUGCAAUUUUGUUCUCUCUCU